AUGUACAUUUCAAAGUUUAGAAAUUACACAAAGCGAAAGCAGGUCGAUACCCUAAUCACUGACCAGUCAUAUGCCACACUUAUCACUGACAAGUCAUAUGACAUACUUAUCACUGACCAGUCAUAUGACAUACUUAUCACUGACCAGUCAUAUGGUAUACGUAUCACUGACCAGUCAUAUGGCAAACUUAUCACUGACCAGUCAUAUGGCACACUUAUCACUGACCAGUCAUAUGGUAUACUGAUCACUGACCAGUCAUAUUGCACAGUUAUCACUGACCAGUCAUAUGGCACACUUAUCACUGACCAGUCACAUGGUACACUUAUCACUGACCAGUCAUAUUGCACAGUUAUCACUAACAAGUCAUAUGGCACACGUAUCACUGACCAGUCAUAUGGCACACGUAUCACUGACCAGUCAUAUGGCACACGUAUCACUGACCAGUCAUAUGGCACACGUAUCACUGACCAGUCAUAUGGCACACUUAUCACUGACCAGUCAUAUGGUAUACUUAUCACUGACCAGUCAUAUGGCACACUUAUCACUGACCAGUCAUAUGGCACACUUAUCACUGACCAGUCACAUGGUACACUUAUCACUGACCAGUCAUAUUGCACAGUUAUCACUAACAAGUCAUAUGGCACACGUAUCACUGACCAGUCAUAUGGCACACGUAUCACUGACCAGUCAUAUGGCACACUUAUCACUAACAAGUCACAUGGUAUACUUAUCACUGACCAGUCAUAUGGUACACUUAUCACGGACCAGUUAUAUGGUAUACUUAUCACUAACAAGUCAUAUGGCACACGUAUCACUGACCAGUUAUAUGGUAUACGUAUCACUAACAAGUCAUAUGGCACACGUAUCACUGACCAGUUAUAUGGUAUACUUAUCACUGACCAGUCAUAUGGUAUACGUAUCACUGACCAGUCAUAUGGCACACUUAUCACUGACCAGUCAUAUGGCACACUUAUCACUGACCAGUCAUAUGGCACACGUAUCACUGACCAGUCAUAUGGCACACUUAUCACUAACAAGUCAUAUGGCACACGUAUCACUGACCAGUCAUAUGGCACACGUAUCACUAACAAGUCACAUGGUAUACUUAUCAACUGA